CCACCUCACACUUCGCAUUUGCAACAUCAGCCCACCUUGGGGAGACCAAGGGCAAUAGCAUCCCAUCGACGGCCAGUGAGCUUUCUAAAUUCACCCACGCUCGGAAUCAUUUCCACGUCAAGAAAUCUCGGGCUCAUGUGAACACAAUGACCUGGUCCACCUCAGCCCCUGCCGCGGGCGUCUCAAGAACCCAGCUCAACGAAGUAAGGCGCGUCAUUGCCCAAUGUCCUAUAAUCGACGGCCAUGCCCAUCCUUUGCUCAAGCCGGAUGCCCUGGCCAAGUAUCCGCUGCUCUCCAUCACUACCGAGGCCGCAGGAGAUGCCAUCCAUGCGGCAUUCACGAGCCUGUCGCACCUGCGCGGUGUGAAGCAGCUCGCUCACGUGCUCGACUGCGCGCAGACGUGGGAGGCUGUUGUGGCUGCCAUUGAGCAGCGGCGGCUGGAGGAUUACGAUGACUGGAUCAGUGAGUGCCUGGAUGGCAUCGAGACCAUCCUUGUCGAUGACGGACUGGAUACACCUGAUGAUGCGUACGACUACGAUUGGCACAACUCGUUCACGCGGAGCGGAUGCAAGCGCAUCGUCCGGAUCGAGACUGUGGCGGGCAGGAUCUUUCAGAAGCAUGCUUCCGAAUUCAAGCAGGGUGACAGCUCCGAGGAUGUCUUCGACCGAGCUAUCGAGGAGUUCGACGCCGAGAUCCGCAGUGCCCUCGAGGACCCGGAGGUGGUAGGCUUCAAGAGCGUGAUUUGCUACCGCACCGGCCUGGAUAUAUCCGCUGUCGUCGAUCUCACGGUUGCGAAAGCCUCCUUUGAUGAGAUUGUGACGGACUACGCUGGUCCGGCGGAACUGGUGAGGAUACAGCACCCAGGCCUCAACGACCUCCUCGUGCACCGGGCAGCCGCGCUGAUCAGCGAGAUGCCGGGACGGGAGAGGAAGCCGCUACAAUUCCACACUGGCCUAGGAGAUAACGAUCUCACUCUCGCCAAAUCAUCCCCGGCGCAUCUGCAAGAGUUCAUCCGAACAUAUCCCAAGGUCCCGAUCGUGCUGCUACAUGCGGGCUACCCGUUCACGCGAGAGUUGGGCUACCUGGCGACAGUCUAUGCAAACGUGUACGCUGACAUUGGUGAAAUCUUCCCGUUUGUCAGUCAAGAUGGUCAGGCUAUUGCGGUGCGCCAGAUCCUCGAGCUCUGCCCUUGGUCUAAGAUAAUGUGGUCCACCGAUGGCCACUGGUUCCCGGAGACCUAUGCGCUGGCCAUAAUUCAGAUCAGGGAAGUCUUGGAAUCGGUCUUGUGCGACUAUGUCCGCAAAGGUGCCAUGAGCUGGAAAUCCGCUAUCGAACUUGUUAGAGACAUUCUAUACAAGAAUUCCAAUAAGCUCUACCACCUCGGACUUUCAUUUUCGGAGUGGGAGACGGACUACGAAGGCGGUGACGCAAUGGAGGACGAAGCGACAGACCUCGAGAUCUUCACACAUGUCAUUCGGGGCAAGUCAACGCCGGAUUUCAUCCGAAUUUGUUGGACAGACUUGACGGCGAUGCCCCGGAUGAGAAUGAUCCCCUUUAGAAAGCUCAUCACGUCGCUGGAAGAGGGAAAGCCUGUGGACAUAGGCAUUACGAAAGCCUGCCUCGGCCUAUUGCAGAAUGACCUGAUGACGCCCGGAACUAGCGCCAGUGGGGAGUACAGACUUCAUCCUGACUUUUCGUCCUUGAAGAGCGGGCCCAUACCAGGACAUUUCAGCAUGUAUGGUGACUUCCGCGAGAAAGAUGGGUCUAUCGUCCCGCUUUGCCCCAGAACGCAACUCACGAGGGCCCAAGAAUAUGGGGCAAGGCAAGGCUUGUCCUUUCUGGUAGGCUUUGAGAUCGAGUUCUUGCUCCUCGAGCGCAGUGAAUCUGGAAAAUUCGAGCCACUGGACAAGGACGGACACUCUUGGUCUGUAUCCCGCUUCUUCACGAAUCAAAAGAUUCCAAAGCUCCUCGCGGAUAUCACCAGGGAGCUGGAGUCAAUGGGAAUCUUGGUCGAGCAGGUUCACGCCGAGAGCGCACCGGGCCAGUUCGAACUCGUCCUCCCAGCGUUGCCUCCGGUCCAGGCGGUUGACACCCUUCUCCAUACAAGAGAGGUGAUUUCUGCCAUGGCGACGGCAGCAGGAUUCAAGUUUACACUGUACCCCAAGCCUUUUCCGGGUAUAUGUGGGACGGCGGCGCAUGCGCACAUAUCUAUAGCCUCGACUGGGGGUGACAGGAAGGAGACAUACGAGCCCUUUUACGCAGGAAUCCUGAAACAUCUACGCGCCAUCAUGGCGUUUGCGUAUAGCAACCCAGCGAGCUAUGAAAGAUUGGCCGAUGGGGCGUGGGCUGGAGGGAGGUGGGUGACAUGGGGCACACAAAAUCGCGAGACGCCCCUGCGCAAAAUCGAAGAUAGCCAUUGGGAGUUUAAAUGUCUCGACGGACUUGCAAAUCCGUACCUGGCGCUGGCCUCGGUUCUUUUCGCGGGCACCCACGGUUUCAUGGCCAAAGAGAAGCUAAUUUGGCAGGACUGUGAAGUCGACCCGGCGAGCCUGACGGAGAACGAUCGCAAGGAGCUUAAUGUCUCGGAGAUGUUGCCGGGUAACGUUGAGGAGGCUCUAGAGUCUCUUGAAAAGGACGCAGAAUUAAAAGAUUUGCUAGGUUCUGAAGUGGUCGACAGGUACUCUGCAGUCAAGCAGUUCGAGUCCAAGUUCCUCAACUCAAUGGAGGACGAGGAGAGGCGGAGAUUUCUCAUCGCACGGUACUAGAUACCACUGGCCGAAACAUCGAACAAUGUCAGGAGUUACAAAAGCAUGGCGGACCUGCUAAUUAGUUACAAUGGUAUUCAUAAUCAAAUGUGACGGCCAACAGCUAAGCCCACAGGUGAGCAGCGGGCGGAAAGAUUAUUCGUGGCACGCAGGCGGCUAAUGUCUUGACUCUCGUCAACCCGCCCUGGUGCCCGUCUGGACCUUAUGAACAUUCUUUAGCAAUGGUCUCCAUCGCCCUGACGUACUCGUGAACCUCCUUCGCCCCCACAAGCGUAAGAUCCCUCCUUCUCCCCUCAAAUACAAUAUGUGGCACUGAAUCAAUGCCGUUCGUCACGGACUCCCUCAAGGCGGUUUUUACUUCAAUCCUACCCUCGCUCUCAUCGUCCACCACAGCCUUCGCUUUCUCUUCCUCUAUGCCAGCCUCCAGGCACGCUGCCACCAGGGUCUCGGAGGAGCUGGGGCUCUGCUCCUCCUCAAAGUACAUACGGUAGAGCGCGGCGACGAGCCUGUUCGCCGUCUCCGCACCCGCCUCCUCUUGGAAGUACUGGAUGACGCGAUGCGCCUGGAGCGUGUCGGCAAUGUCGCCGCCGAAGCUGAACUUGAUCCCGCUCGCCUCGCCGAGAGUGCUCAUGAACUCGACAAACAUGUCCAUCUUGUCCUUUGAGCCAUCGUACUUGCGGUCUCGCUGCCAGGCGUAUUUUUCCUGCGCGGGGCCGAAUGAAGGGUACAGUUGGUAGGGCAGGAAGCGAACACUGAACGAAACCUUCGAGGUGACCUCGGGUGAGAGCCGGGUGAGCGCGAGGUCGAGGCGCUUUUUGGCAAUGUACGUCCAAGGGCAGAUUGUGUCUAGAGUGAAGGAAAUCUGCGAAUUAUACAUGGUCGAUGCGGUUGAAACAACAAGCAGUAGCGCUUAAAGUGAUGUAUUCUUGCUGUGGGAUCACGGCUUUGCACAUUGUGUGACUGUGUCGGGGCCGCACAUCCACUGCAGAAUCUAUGGCCGGCGUCAUAGCCUGCAUGUGGUCUGCCACCACAGACUCCCUGCGGGGAAGACGUCAAUUGGUCGG